GAACGAGAAAAACACUCAAUUCUCUCAUCUCUCUCUCACACACACACACACCAAACACACACACACACACAUUUGAUCGGAGUCGAGGAAGCCGGAGACAGAAAAUUUUCAAAUAAUCGAAGACUUCGAGGUGAAUUUAUGCGUAUGAGAUUGCCGGCGGAGAGCAAGUUCGGUUGGUGAUGAACGAUGUCGUUCCAGUGAUGGUAGUAUGGACUUCGACAGUGGAAUUCCGAUGACCGCCGAACUCUCUUCAUCCUUGUCUCCGCCGUCAGAUGAAGAUGCAUUGUGGCAACUGAACUUGAGAUCAAGGGAAGCAAUGGAGUCAGGACCUUAUCCUGUGCGUGAAGGAGAGCCAGACUGUUCUUACUACAUCAGAACAGGCCUUUGUAGGUUUGGGGCAACAUGUCGUUUCAAUCAUCCUCCUAACAGGAAACUGGCUAUUGCAACUGCAAAAAUGAGAGGAGAAUAUCCAGAAAGAGCAGGACAACCUGAAUGCCAGUACUACUUAAAGACGGGCACCUGCAAAUUUGGAGCAACAUGCAAGUUUCAUCAUCCUCGAGAAAAGGCUGGAAUGGCUGGGCGAGUUUCGCUGAAUGUUUUGGGUUAUCCACUUCGCCCGAAUGAGGCAGAAUGUGCUUAUUAUCAAAGAACUGGAGAAUGCAAAUUUGGAAACACCUGUAAAUUUCACCACCCUCACCCAUCUAACAUGAUGUUCACAUUUGGUGGUUCUCCGGUUUAUCCCACAGUACAGUCACCAACAAGUCCUGGUCAACAGUCGUACCCCGGAGGAAUAACAAACUGGUCCUUGUCCAGACCUUCCUUUGUUCCUAGUCCACGUUGGCAAGGCCCUUCAAAUUAUGCCCAGAUGAUUCUACCACAGGGUGUGGUGUCGGUUCCAGGAUGGAAUGCAUACAGAGGUUCUCUGGGUUCACUUUCAUCUUCAGAGAGCCAACAACAGCAAGCAGCUGGAAACAAUCAAAUUUAUGGAACUUCACGCCAAAGUGAAACAGCUAACGAACCACUUCAAGGAACAUAUUCCUCAUAUCAUACUGGGUCUGUACAUACCGGUUAUUAUGCGUUACCAAGGGAGAAUGUAUUCCCGGAGAGGCCUGGUCAGCCUGAUUGCCAAUUUUACAUGAAGACUGGAGAUUGUAAGUUUGGUGCAGUUUGCAGAUUUCAUCACCCCAGAGAGAGGGUGAUUCCCGCGCCUGACUGUGUCCUGAGUCCAAUCGGCCUUCCUUUACGCCCGGGAGAACCCUUGUGCAUUUUCUAUUCUCGUUAUGGAAUAUGCAAAUUCGGCCCAAGUUGCAAGUUUGACCACCCAAUGGGAGUCUUGACUUACAAUUUCUCUCCAACUUCAGCUGAUACCCCAACUGAUCGCCAUUUGUUAGCAUCAUCCUCAGGAACUGGUCCACUAAACGUUACAGCAAAAGGGCCCAUUGACGGAGUGUUGGUUAAUUCCAGGCCAAUUACCCUAUCGGAGAGAAGACAAAUGCCCUCCAAUGAUAAUAUCACGGACCCGGACGGCUAAGGACCGGAUUGGGGUCACGUCAGACCAACAUGUUUUCGUGAGACCCGUGAGGCCACAAAAUAACAACGGAACUUCACAGCAAAAUAUUGUGAAGGUAAAAAAACUCCAAACCUUCACAACAAUAACAUUGUGAAGGUUCGGUGUUAUUUAUAUGGUCUCACGAAAACAAUCUGGUCUCACUUGAUCCUAAAAGUCAUGGUUACUUCCUAUAAUCAUUACUAGUAUUUAAAAAGUUGCCUGUAACUUCCAUUUCGGUUAUUGAUGUACAUAAUGCAUGUUAAAGUUAACCUAUUCUUCUGGAAUUCAAUUCCAUCGACAGGCUCGAAUUAUCUAAACUGCGAUAAAAUGCAUUGUGUAAACUCCACAUUUUUUGUCAAAUCUGGUCAAACCAGAUGCGGAUAAUUGAUCUAUUAUAAAUUUCUUGUCUUUCCGGCUGUUUGUGAACCAAUAGUUGGUAUAAGCAUCCUUUCUAUCUCUGUGGUACUUUCCAUGCUCUAAUCUUACAGGAACUCCUUUCCUCUACAAUUUCUGCUGCGACUGCUUGUUGCCAAUUAUAUUAUGAGCAUCAUUUCU